AUGGGCCCCUAUAACCGCCCUCCUCAUGCUGCUUGCCAAGUCAGAGUGUGGUCAUGGUGUCCCCCCUAUCGCCUCCCAUAGGUGCUUGCCAGGCCCCAAAUCUGCCCAUGGGCCCCCGACCCCGUAACCGCCUGGUCACCGCUUGCUGCUGGGCCCACAGUGUGACCUGGGUCCCUGUAACCGCCUCCCAUUGCUCCCACUCUGCCUUGUGCCACUUUCAGGUCUCCUCACACUGCUGGUGGGUUCCAUUUUGUCAUAGGUUUGCUGUAUGGCCGUCCCAUUGCUGCUGCCUCCACCGCCACACUGUGGCUCCACACUCUGGUUUUUGGCCCCGUGACUGCCCAAAUGAGUGAAGUGUGCGGUGAUUCUAAGAUCGACGGCACUCAUCUGCAUGUCAUACAUACUGACUGACAGUAUUAUUUUCUCUUCCCCAGCAGACUCCAAGGGCAUAUAAAUUAAAGGUACAGUGUUCUGCACUAAUAUAA